UUGUGUUUGCGGAACAUGAUUGUCAGCGGUCAAGCACCUUGGUGAGCCUCCGCAGUUGCAGUCUCCGGUACGCUAGCGAACAUCGGACGCACUAUUGCUCCGAGUCCGUCGAUGUCCCGAGAUUAUUCUGGACCGAUAAAAAUCCAUCCGUUCGUUUCUUGGGACUCGUUUACUUCAAGUUGUCCCCACAUGAUAUCCGUUUCCAGAGAACCGUCUAUCUCAUCCACGUGCACGCUUUUACAGUCGACCAUUUCACGAUCGACCGAGAUCCCCUUUUCUAUUGCUUCCGAGAACGAGGAAAAGCCUGCAUGUUCGAGUUAUCUGCGCGAAUGAGCCACUGUUUGCAUGGUACAAGCAUGAUGAUCGCCAUAUUCGUUUGUUUCGCUUUGGAUUAAUCUAAACGUCAGUUGUAAAUCAUUUGAAACCAGAUAAGACGACUUAGUUUAACCAUGGAAAUGAAGUAUUCUUAAGCUGUGUAACGGUAUCAUUUCCGGCGUAUGAAAUAUUGAUGGAAUCGAGGGUCGCAAAGCCGAAGGAGCGCAAUAACGGGAAAGCCACGAAAUCGAAAGAAAGAUGUCAACGCGUUUACCGCGACGCAAUUGCCCGAACUCGAUUUUCCUUUGAAGCGAAAGAAGAAAAUGGGGAAGAUGAGGCAGCCGUGGUGGGGUGGGAAAAGAGAGAGAUUCGAAAGUAUCGAUAUCGACGCGGACAUAGGUAGACGCCACGGUGCCUUCUACGAAGUCGAUUGCCGUUUGUUAUUGAAGUUAUUCCAUCGCCUCGGGCCAGAACAAGGCGAGGCUGUAAGCAGCACGUUUGUCCCUGGAUGACGAACGUUUACAUUUCAAUACAAGCUGGAAUCUUUCUAAAACCGCCGGCUCUCUAGUCUCGCUGCGCGCGCGAUGCGGCGCCUCCAUCGUGAUUCCUUCGGUGCAUAGGAUAUCCGCACGGCAUUUCAAUCAGUUGCUUCGAGGAAUAAAAAUUGCAGCACGACUCCCCCACCUCGUGUCCGUGCGAGUUUUCGAUUCGAAGCGAAACUCGCCGUCGAUCGGGGCGCGACCGAUUUCUUCCCGUCUGCGCCGAAGGGUUUCCAGCGCUGAUGCACGCUCGGGACAAGACGUUUCUCGGCGUAUGAAAAUCAGUCGUAUUCUUCGAGCUCGAGAGUUCAAUCGUAUUCAGUGAACUUCUCCGAUUUCCGAGAAUGCAAAGCAUUCGCGCGUUAACCGUCGUACGAUUGCGAGCCGCGCACGCAGUUCCGAGAGAGCCGGUUACUUCGCCUCGAACUUCAUCGCAGUUCGAUGAACGAACUAUGAAUAGAACUUUCUCGAAUGAUCCGUUGUCCACACGUCGCAUCCAUCUGUUGAGAUUUCUCGAAAACUGCCGUGCCGGACACGGUUAACUCAUUCAGUCCUCAGGAUCGCUGGCGAGCCGAAAACCGAAGGGGAUUUAAUGAAGUGGCGCUUGCCAAGGGUGGCUUGGGGUUACACCAGCGACAAAGGGACAACGGGCCAACAAUUACCUGGAGGAAGUCAUCGUAAAACCGAUCCAUCGGUUGGGUAUCCGUUUACGACUGCAGCUCUCGAACGUAAAAGUGGGGACAGUGGCGUGAAACACGGGGCUCGGGACUUUCGAUCCUGUUAGUCAGUUGAAGUGCGGCCAAGAAGGAUAAACGCCGACGAAAAGUUGCGCGAGGGCACACGGCCCGUUUGUACACGGAAUUUUCCCUCCGCAAUGAGAAUCGCGUAACGAAAUCGGGUGUUGACGAGUCGCAGCGUUUAUUAUCGCCGAGGUUAACCCCUUUCGGCGCUCGUUUCUGCAGGACAUCAUGACGAGUUGGAGCAGGACACUGGUCACGGGUAUCAUCGGAAUUUUACUUCUGCUGGCAACGAGGAACUACACCGAGGCCUGCAACGAAGCGAUCUGCGCUAGUGUCGUGAGCAAGUGCAUGCUCACGCAGAGCUGCAAGUGCGACCUGGUCACCUGUGCUUGCUGCAAAGAAUGCUUCUCCUGCCUCAGCUACCUUUACGAUGAGUGUUGUUCGUGUGUAGACCUCUGUCCGAAGCCGAACAUCACGGACAACCCGUUGAGUAAAAAGUCUCACGUGGAAGACUUCAGCGAGCCAAUGCCAGGGUUGUUCCAAGCGUUAACCGCUGAGCCGGAUCCACACGAGCGCUGGCUCACAUUCACGUUUCCGGUGGACUUCGACAUGUCCCUGUACACGCCGAAAUACGAGAAAGAAAUGAAGUACCAUAUGCAGACUGCCGAGGAAGAGGCUCACCCGCUGAAGCCUAACGUGAUGACGGUGAACUGCACGGUCGCAUUCAUGGCUCAGUGCAACUCCUGGAACAAAUGUCGAGCGUCCUGCCAAAGCAUGGGUGCUACCAGUUACAGAUGGUUUCACGACGGUUGCUGCGAGUGCAUAGGGGACACGUGUAUCAAUUACGGAAUCAACGAGUCCAGGUGUAUACACUGUCCGCUGGACAAAGAGGACGACGACUUGAAGGAGCAGUAUGAUGAUUACGGUCAGGACGACGACGAUCUGGUCGAAGACGAGAACGAUUAACGACUGGUUCAUUCCUCUCUGACGGGGCGAAGUUCCUUCCGGUUCCUUGAAGGGAGUUCCAUUGUGGUUGUGUCCGUGUGUGUUCCCGGUGACAAUACUUUCACGAGAUGAACAUUUGCAAAUCGUGACUAUUCUUCGAUAUGUACGCGCGAAAGUUUGCAGCAUAUCAUAAUUGAUGACUACUUCGCCCUUUGAGAUAAACUAUAAAAGAGACGAACAAUUCUCCCUUGAAAAGGGACCCCUAUGUUUGGUGAUGUAAUUUAAAUGGUCACAGUUCAAGAUGGCUUAAAGUCAUCGGCUGUCGAUGUCUGUAUUUAAUCGACCAGAUGCGAACGAAACGAUAGUCAGGCCGAUGCCGGCGCUGCGAACUAAGUAAACGGUGUUUAAAGCCCAACGCUCGUCUUUAAAUAUGUGAGAUAUGUAUGUAAGUAGUCCUACAAUGUCGAAUUUUUAUUACUUGUCCGUGCCAUAUGAAUAGAAUUUGUACAUUUAUGAAAUUGUUCUUGGCCACUGACGCGUACUAUGCCUGCCGAUCUUAUCGUUUAAAUAAUAAAUAUGUUGUCCGUGUUUUAAUCUUCGAUCUUCUAUCGCCUUAUGCUGACCGUUUGAGAAAUUCAUUCGCGCGGAAAGAAUAACAAAGAAUACAUCUGAAAUAUGAGAAGGACGAGUAGAGGCAUGCGGUGUAAGGAAUAUGGACAAUGCGUACCGUUAUGAUAUGGUUUUAAUACUGCACUUGAUUAUGCCAAUGCACAACAUUGAGACAAUACGAAGGAUCGAACAGGUAUAUUCUCGAAAUAAUGUCCAAUUCAUGCGGUUCAAUGUAAAUAAAACUAUUAGUAUAUAUAGAUACUUAAAACUGCAGAUAUUGUUAAAGCUUUAUGAAUAGUGGAUCCCAAAAUAUCGAAAGACCACUACAAAAAUAACGAGCAAUUUUCCCCUGGAAAUUAUUAACAGACUAGAGAGGGGAUACCGAAUCGAUAUCAAAUAAUCAUUCGUGGCUAGACUAAUGUAAAUAAUUUUUUAAAAAUCGUUACAAUAAAGUUUUAUAAAUACA